AUGCAGGGCUGCAUGGCAAGCUUCGUCAGUAUCUGCACACAUCUCCAUGACGAGGACUAUCCCUACGUCUACCUCCUCACUGCACCGAAAGUACUGGGCCAUGUCUUCAACCCCGUUUCAUUCUGGUACCUAUAUUCGGCUAGCCGAACACUAGCGGCAGUGAUCUUGGAGGUGAACAACAACUUUGGCGAGCGACACAUGUACCUGCUGAGAGCAUCUCUUGGAAUGUCAGAUGGAGCUAGUAACGCCGAUCCUGUCGAUCCGCCAGGUUCCAGAUCGAAUCACUUCACCAGCUUCUGGCCGAAAGAUUUCCAUGUCUCGCCGUUCAAUCCCCGAGAGGGCAUGGCCUAUACCCUGACAACCGCCGACCCCUUACUGGCGGGUGCUGAAGGAAACAAACAGUCGAUCGACAGCCGGAUCGUACUAGUUGCCUCCGAUCGCCGCGUCCAACUCAUCGCCACUAUCCGCGCCACAGGACCGGCGAUCCGCCUGGCAACUCUCUCCACUUCCCAGAGAUGUCAGCUGAUCUUAUCGUGGGGAUGGGUGGGAGCUUUGACGGAGCCACGCAUCUAUUUCCAGGCUGCAAAGCUGCACCUGCAGCGACGAUUGAGGGUUUGGUCCCUUCCGGCACCGUUGGAGAAAACAAUAAGUCGACGCGCCAGUCAAAUAGAGCGGUCGCUGGAACCAUUCUUUCGGGGAUACCUGCGAUAUCUAGUGGCAAACGCCUCUGGACCACUUACUGUGCGAUACUACGCUGCAGGUUUAUGUCUCAACGAUACGAUCGAAAUCAUGCAGUCGCCUUUGGCUCGGAGACUUUCCAGCGAAUCACUAGACCCUAUCUUCGAGCUUCGCGUUCUACGGCCCGACUUCUACACCUCCUUCGCGGAGAGUCGCGCCUUCACCGCCGAAGCCGCCUUCGCGCUAUUGGCAGGAAGUGGCGUACUGCGGGUGUCGGACAUGGAUGUGCUGCGUGAUCUUGUCUGUGCAACGCCAGUUUCUUUGUCGGAAACCAUCACACUCUCUCUUCCAGCCGAUCUUGUUUUCCGGGUUAUCAAUAGUAUCCGAAAGGGGCGGGCCGCAUCAAGCACCGGGCUCCGUUCUUUUUCUGCCCUGGACUGCUACGUGCUGGCAUGUUGCAGCCAAGCGGAGCAGAGGGCGUACCGGAAGCAUAUGCUGCAGCUGGUCCUCAGCCGCUACCUUGCUUUGGGGAGCGUAAACCUUCUUCAGGCCGAAGUCGUGGUUGCUCACCUGGUUCUUGUGUGGGUCUUGCUGCAGUUCUUCGGUCUUGCUCGGCUUCUCCUUGGUGAAUAA